AUGGCACCUAUUACUCUCUUCGUCGCUAUGCUAGCUACAGCAUCUAGUGCAUUUGGCUACACCUUCACAACCUGCAACGCAGGCUGCACCGGGACUGGCUGUGGAGGAGAAGCUACUUCGUGGACCCUUGGACCAGCCAGCACCCAAAACAUUCCAGGCACCCAAUGCAUCAUCUGGCCCUCGGGUGGUGAGGCCGGCUCGUGGGAUGUAUGCAAUCGCGCCAACGGCGGUGGCUCCUGCACCAGCGGUAGCAACCUCAACUGCUUUGAUGCUGAGGAUUCGUCUGGAAGAAAGAUCUGCAAUACUGCUGGAACCCAGUUCAUUGGUAUCAAGGCAUAA